GCCAGCCGCGAAUCGGAUGUCUAUGGAGGUGGCAUAGGCGAUAUCCCUGAGCUGAGAGCAUCGCCCGGCCCCCCGAAUCCUUCUUCCCUCUGUUUUGUUUUUCAUUUUCUCCCUCCCUCCCCCCUCCCCCUUCCAGUCCGCGACGACUGGCUCUUGACCCCGUUCAGGCCUCGGUGAAGGCUUUUGGUUACUCCCCUUCUACCCUUUCCCUUAAUUUUAUUUUUUUGAAGAGUCUGCAUUUCAAGCUUCCAAGGUGGAGAGUGAUUGCAGAAGAGAGUGCUCCUCACUUCAGAAAAGGUGUGCCAUACCCGAGAGCACCAGGAAGUCGAAUGAGAGAUCACCUGAUACACGAACGUGUGAUGUUCCAUCUGCGCAUUGAUGCAUAGGCAGCAUUUACAAAUUAACUGAUGUGUUGCUAUAUAUCAUCUCUUUGAUGAUUGCUCAUUUUCUAUGUAUCCUGUCUUAUAAUGUCAACACAUUUGUGAUACUCAGUGUUUAUGGUAAAUUAACCAUGUUUUGUACCACAAAUUCAUUGCCUAUGGAUCUGUUACUGAAACAAGGAAGUCUUAAACAAGAAGUAGAAUCUUUUUGUUAUCAAAUUGUGUCUGAAUCACAUGAUCAAAAGGUUGGAAUAUUACAAAGUGAAGAUGAGCAGUUGCAGCCUUCAGUUUCUAAAAAUUCAGAAGGUGAGCUUUCCAGGGUCAAAUUUAUGUCUAAUUCCAACAAAAUAACUACUUUUAGUAAGAAACCAAAAAGAAGAAAAUAUGAUGAAAGUUAUUUGUCUUUUGGAUUUACUUACUUUGGAAAUAGAGAUGCACCUCAUGCUCAGUGUGUAUUAUGUAAGAAAAUUUUAUCAAAUAGCUCUUUGGCCCCUAGUAAGCUUCGAAGACAUUUGGAAACUAAACAUGCUGCAUAUAAAGACAAAGACAUAAGUUUUUUCAAGCAACAUCUUGAUUCACCUGAAAAUAAUAAACCCCCAACACCUAAAAUUGUCAAUACAGAUAAUGAAAGUGCUACAGAAGCAUCAUACAAUGUAAGUUACCAUAUAGCCCUGAGUGGAGAGGCUCAUACUAUUGGAGAAUUGCUUAUCAAGCCUUGUGCAAAAGAUGUUGUGAUGCGGAUGUUUGACGAACAGUAUAGUAAAAAAAUAGAUGCAGUACAACUAUCAAACAGUACCGUUGCUCGUCGAAUUAAGGAUCUAGCUGCUGACAUUGAAGAGGAACUUGUUUGUAGACUGAAAAUUUGUGAUGGGUUUUCACUGCAACUAGAUGAAUCAGCUGAUGUUUCAGGACUUGCUGUGCUGCUUGUGUUUGUUCGUUACAGGUUUAAUAAGUCUAUUGAGGAAGACCUACUCUUAUGUGAAUCUUUGCAAAGUAAUGCCACUGGUGAAGAAAUUUUCAACUGCAUCAACAGUUUUAUGCAGAAACAUGAAAUUGAAUGGGAAAAAUGUGUUGAUGUUUGUAGUGAUGCUUCUAGGGCAAUGGAUGGGAAAAUUGCUGAGGCUGUCACCUUGAUAAAAUAUGUGGCUCCCGAAAGCACCAGUAGUCACUGCCUAUUAUAUAGACAUGCACUAGCAGUUAAAACAAUGCCUACGUCUCUGAAAAAUGUGCUAGAUCAGGCAGUACAAAUCAUCAAUUACAUUAAAGCUCGACCACAUCAAUCCAGACUACUAAAAAUUUUAUGUGAAGAAAUGGGUGCCCAGCAUACAGCACUUCUUCUAAAUACGGAGGUAAGGUGGCUUUCCCGAGGUAAAGUUCUUGUGAGACUUUUUGAGCUUCGUCGUGAACUGUUGGUUUUCAUGGAUUCUGCUUUUCGACUGUCUGAUUGUUUAACUAAUUCAUCUUGGCUGCUAAGACUUGCAUAUCUUGCAGAUAUUUUUACUAAAUUAAAUGAGGUUAAUCUGUCAAUGCAAGGAAAAAAUGUGACAGUUUUUACAGUAUUUGAUAAAAUGUCAUCAUUGUUAAGAAAAUUGGAAUUUUGGGCCUCAUCCGUCGAAGAAGAAAACUUUGAUUGUUUCCCUACACUCAGUGACUUUUUGACUGAAAUUAAUUCCACAGUUGAUAAAGAUAUUUGCAGUGCCAUUGUGCAGCACCUAAGGGGUUUGCGUUCUACUCUGUUAAAAUAUUUUCCUGUAACAAAUGACAGUCAUGCUUGGGUUAGAAAUCCAUUUACAGUAACUGUUAAACCAGCCUCGUUAGUGGCACGGGACUAUGAGAGCCUGAUUGAUUUAACAUCUGAUUCUCAAGUGAAACAAAAUUUCAGUGAACUUUCACUAAAUGAUUUUUGGAGUAGCCUAAUUCAGGAGUACCCAAGUGUUGCACGGCGUGCAGUUCGCGUACUUCUUCCUUUUGCUACAAUGCACCUGUGUGAGACAGGCUUUUCAUAUUAUGCUGCCACAAAAACAAAAUACAGGAAAAGACUUGAUGCUGCACCUCAUAUGCGGAUCCGACUUAGCAACAUUACACCUAAUAUUAAGCGAAUAUGUGAUAAAAAGACACAAAAACAUUGUUCUCAUUAAAGUUGGAGGGUUAUGCAUGCCUCUGGAUAGCCAAAUAUAAGAUGAAAAUAAAAGAUGAUU